UUAUGCCUAUGGGUGUCGUUCCUUUCCUUCUUGCUUUGACCUGUUCCCUAUUAUUCCAUUUUCCCUCCUCCUCUUUCUCUCUCUUCUCAUCGGUCUCAUUCUCACCAUGGUCACCUCUUGCCACAAAAUGAUAACGUCACCUCUCUACUUCUCCUGCCUGCUGCUCCUCCUCCUUCUCCCCUUUACUAGUCCAAUAUCCUUUGAAAUAACACACUUUGAUCCCAAUGACACCAGCAUAAUUUACGAAGGAAACGCGGCACCUAUUGCUGGAAAUGUUGAAUUUAGCAAUGUCGAUUACAUGUGCCAAAUUGGUCGAGCCACUUAUGUUGAGAAGAUACCCAUCUGGAAUUCCAGAACUAAGCAGCUCUCCGAUUUCAAUACCCAUUUCUCAUUUUUCAUUGACACCCAAGGUCGUAACCAGCAUGGAGCUGGGCUCGCUUUCUUCCUUGCUCCUGUUGGAUCUCACAGUCCAAUCAAUUCAGCUGGAGGUUUUAUGGGCCUGUACAAUAUCACCAACAUUUUUUCCCAUGAGAGUCAAAUGGUUCACAUUGAAUUCGACUCUUACGGGAACCGUGAAUGGGAGGUUCCUUAUCCGCACGUCUCGAUUAACAACAACUCACUUCAGUCUGCCACGUUUACCCGUUGGAAUACUAGCUUGCACAGCGGAGAUCCUGCGGAUGUGUGGAUCACUUACAAUGCUACGACCAAGAAUCUCAGCUUGUCAUGGAAAUAUCAAACGACUUCUCUUCCUCAAGAGAAUACCAGCCUUUCCCUUAUUAUUGAUCUCACUACGGUUCUUCCUGAGUGGAUCGUGAUUGGGUUUUCCGCUAGCACAAGUAAUCGAGUAGAGCGGCAUGUACUUCAGUCCUGGAAGUUUAAUUCAACUUUGGAGAUGCAUGCGGAAAAGGAAAAUAAUAGUAACAAGAUUAAACUGACAGCGGCUUUAGCGGUUUCAGGAGGUUUUCUGUUAACUGCGAUGGUAGCAUUUCUUAUUUUCUGGAUAAGGAAGAAGAAGAAGGAAGUGAUAACAGAGAAUAUGAAUUUAAUAUCAAUGAACGAUGAGAUUGAAAGCGUAGCAGGUCCAAGAAGUUAUUCUUAUCAGGAUCUUGUUUUAGCUACCAGAAACUUUUCAAACGAGAGGAAGUUGGGUCAGGGAGGAUUUGGAGCUGUUUACAAGGGAUACCUUACCCAUUUUGGAAUGACUGUUGCAGUGAAGAAAAUUACAAAGCGUUCAAAUAAAGACGUGAAAAAGGAGUAUAUGACAGAAGUGAAGAUCAUUAGUCAGUUGAGGCAUCGGAAUCUGGUACCAAUCCUAGGUUGGUGUCAUGAUAAAGGUGAAUUCCUUCUUGUCUAUGAGUUCAUGCCGAACGGUAGCCUUGAUUCUCACCUCUUCAAGAAGAAGAUUCCUCUCACUUGGACAGCGAGAUAUAGAAUAGCUCUUGGAUUGGCCUCUGCUUUGCUCUACCUUCAUGAAGGGUCUGAAAAAUGUGUUCUGCACCGCGAUAUCAAGUCAAGCAACAUAAUGCUGGAUUCAAGUAUGAACGCGAAGCUUGGUGAUUUUGGACUAGCUCUAUUCAUCGAGCCUGAUUUAGGUCCAGAGUCAACAGGGUUGGCAGGCACUAAUGGCUACAUGGCUCCAGAAUAUAUAAGCACACGCAGGGCUACUAUGGACUCGGAUGUUUACAGUUUUGGGUUGGUUGCCUUAGAGAUUGUUACUGGACGAAUGGCGGUUGAUCCCAUUGGAGAGGAAGACGAAGCGAUCACUUUAGUAAAAUGGAUUUGGGAUCUCUAUGAAAAAGAAGAACUAAGCACUGCAGUUGAUGAGAUACUUGCGGAUAAUUUUGAUGAGACACAAGUUAAGUGUUUGUUGAUUGUUGGGCUGUGGUGUGCGCAUCCUGCCAGUAAUAACAGGCCUUCCAUAAGGCAAGCAAUUCAAGUGCUUAAUUUUGAAGCUGAGUUACCAAAACUUCCAACAAGGAUGGCUGUUCCUGAAUCUAAUGCAGCGAGGCCAUCAUUUAGCUUUGGAGAGCCUGUUAUGUCCCAUUCAAGCUUUGGAGUGGGUCGUUAAGCAGGCAAUCUUUCUUUCUUACACUUCAUUAUUAUUGAGAGGAUGUUUGUACACUUAACUAAUAAAAAAACUAUUUUAUCGAUUUUAACUAAAAUUAUAUCCCUCUAUUUUUAUUUGUGACAUUUAAGUUUUUUUAUUCAAAAUUAUUUUUCGCA